AUGGUAUUUUUCUGUUUUUUGUCUAGUAUUUUCUUCUUCGUCAAUCCCAUAGGAACUAUUGAACAGAUAUUGACUUCGUGUGAUCUUCCUCCAAGUGGAAGUCCAUAUUUUCCAAAGAAUUUCAGUUUUGGUGUAGCAACAUCUGCUUACCAAAUUGAGGGCGGAUGGAAUGCCGACGGUAAGGGUCCAUCAAGCUGGGAUGACUUCACGCAAAACUAUCCACACUUGAUUAGUGAUGGUUCCACAGCUAACAUAGCAGCUGAUUCAUAUCACCGAUUCGAUCAGGACUUAUCGGCCUUAAAAGAUCUCAAAGUAAACCACUACCGUUUCUCCAUAUCUUGGUCUCGAAUUUUUCCCAAUGGCGACAUAUCAUCUCGAAAUCAAAAAGGAAUUGAUUAUUAUAAUAAAGUUAUUGAUAAACUAUUGGAAAACGGUAUUGAACCGAUGGUCACAAUGUUUCACUUCGAUCUUCCUCUAGACAUUCAAAAAAUUGGUGGAUUAACAAAUGAUCUAUUUGUUCAAAUGUUUGUCACAUAUGCAACUGAACUAUUUGAAAAUUUUGGCGAUAGAGUGAAAUUAUGGCUAACCUUCAAUGAGCCACACUAUUUUUGCAAGUCAAGCUAUGCCGACGGAUUCCAUCCACCACAAGUUGAUCUUAAGGGUGAAGGAGAUUAUAUGUGUAUGAACAAUACAAUAAAGGCACAUGCUGAAGCCUAUAAAGUUUACAAGUCAAGAUUUUAUGAAAAGCAGAGAGGCAAAAUUGGUCUGGCCUUAGGCAGCUAUUUCUAUUUUUCGAAGUCGAGUGAAACUGAAGCAGCCGCUCACCGUGCAUUACAAUUUAGUUUGGGAUUCUUAGCUCAACCUAUAUUUUCAAAAUCUGGAGGAUAUCCUGAAGAAAUGACUAAAGGCAUCGAAUUAAAUAGUUUAAAAGAAGGAAGGCAUCGUUCACGCUUACCAAAUCUUAGCGGAUAUUGGAAAAAUCUUACCCAAGGUUCAGCUGAUUUUUUCGCUCUUAAUUAUUACACUUCCAGAUUGAUUAAACGUUCUAGAAAUCCAAGUGGUUUCAGUCCAUCAUGGGAGCAUGAUAUGGAUUGUGAUGAAUCCUUAGACCCAACAUGGCUAAAAGGUAAAACAUCUUGGUUGUACUGCGUUCCAGAGGGACUCGAAAGUUUGUUAAAGUAUAUUCGCGAUGAAUAUGAAAACAUAGAAGUUAUAAUUACAGAGAACGGAUGGGCUGAUGAAGGUGAAUUUGAAGAUGACAGUCGGAUUCAAUAUUUAAAAAGUCAUUUACAAGCAGUCUUAAAUGCAAUUAAUGAUGGCUGCAAUGUCACUGGCUAUACAUAUUGGAGCCUUAUGGAUAAUUUUGAAUGGGAAAGUGGAUUCACUGCUAAAUUUGGCCUGUAUGCGGUUAAUAUGCUAAGUCCAAAAAGAGAAAGAACUCCAAAGAAAUCUGCUGAUUACUAUAAAAAAGUAAUUAAGUAUAAGAAAUUGUUAAACGAAAUCAAUAUGUACACUUUAUUAAAAAAUCAUAAAAUAAAUAAAAAAAGUAAAAACAGUUAA